AUGGGUGUGUGUGCCAGUAAGGCACAGUUUUCUUUGUGCGCGGCUCGCACCCAGGCCGCGGUGAUGUCGUCCCUCUGGCUCGUCAAGGUGCCGCGCCACCUCGCGGAGAGCUGGCAGCAGCAGCCGUCCGGCCACAGCCUCGGCGUCGUCGAGCCGGGCGUGAAGGACGCGAUGGGCAGGGACACGUACACGCUGCGGACGAGCGCGGCGCCGGGCGGGGCAGGACCGUCGUCGGGCGAGGCGGGCGGCGAUGUGGAGUACAAGCUGACGCUGGGCGCGCCGACGGGCGGCAUGUACAGCUUCGCGCCGGGCGGCCCCGACGCGCCCGCCGGCGAAAUGGUGCUUGAGGGGCGGGUGACGGCCAAGGGGGAUGUGUCUGCGGCGGGGCUGAGCGCGGGCUACAAGCAGCUCGUGCGGAGCCGGCAGGAGGCGGCGUCCGUGCGAGCCGAGGUGGAGGCCGUGGACGUCGAUCACCUCAACCAGCCGCUCAAGAAAGCGAGCGAGAUCCACCGGCAGAAGCAGGGCAUCAGGGACGGGAAGCGGGAGCGCGCCGAGCAGAAGCAGAAGGCGGCCAAGGCGCAGAAGAAGCUCUCGCGGGAGGAGCUGCGCGACCUCGUCUUCGAGAAGUUCGAGCUCCAGCCCCACUGGCACAAGGCGGACCUCGCGAGCGAGACCGGGCAGCGGCCGACGGACCUGGCACCCGUCCUCGACGAGCUGUGCGAGAGGGAAAAGUUUGGGCCGCACAAGAUGGAGUACAAGCUCAAGCCGCAGUACGGGGGCGGCGCCAGAUAA